AUGGCAAGAAACCACCAAGUGCAGAAGGCCAAGUUGGCCGAGCAGGCUGAGCGCUACGAGGACAUGGCGGACUUCAUGAAGGCGGUGGUGGAACACGGGGACGAGUUGUCCAACGAGGAACGCAACCUCCUCUCCGUCGCCUACAAGAACGUGGUGGGGUGCCAGCGCUCGGCGUGGAGGGUCAUCUCCAGCAUCGAGCACAAAACCGAAGAGGGGGACGACAAAGCGCAGCUGGUGAACGAGUAUCGGGAGAAGGUGGAAAGGGAGCUGAAUGGCGUUUGCAAGAACGUCCUGACCUUGCUGGACAAGUAUCUAAUCAAGAAGGCGAGCGAUCCUGAGAGCAAGGUCUUCUACCUGAAGAUGAAGGGAGACUACUUCCGAUACCUGGCUGAGGUGGCCACCGGGGACGACCGCAAGAAGACGAUAGACAACGCCCAGGAAGCCUACCAAGAGGCCAUGGACAUCAGCAAAAAGGAGAUGCAGCCCACGAACCCCAUCCGCCUGGGGCUGGCCCUCAACUUCUCCGUCUUCCACUACGAGAUCGCCAACGCCCCCGACCAGGCCAUCUCCCUGGCCAAGACCACCUUCGACGAGGCCAUGGGGGACCUGCACACGCUCAGCGAAGACUCCUACAAGGACAGCACCCUCAUCAUGCAGCUGCUCAGGGACAACCUCACGCUAUGGACAGCCGAGUGUGCCGGAGAAGACGGCGGCGAGGCUGGCGAAGAGCCCAAGAACUGAACGGCCCCCGUGGAGCCGGGGACCGGCCCCCACCUGCUCCCCCGCCUCCAGUCCCUUCGGCAUCUCUUCAUGGUGGUUUUUUUUUUUUGGUUUUUUUUUUUUUUGUUUGUUUGUUUGGUUUUUUGGGAG